AUGGCGUUAAACCUAAUCGUCAACACUAGCAACCCACCUUUAGGAGCCCUCCUGACUGCCGAGCAUGUGAAAGAAAGCGUGCAGCUGUCAGUGGAGGAAGGCAAGGACACCCGCCUUCACGUCUCUGAUGCCAUCCAGUUCACUGAUACUAACUCUAUUAGCCGCUACCUGGCGCGGGUAGCGCCGGCUCUCGGCCUUUACGGAGCCAACCUGAUGGAGCAGACUGAGGUGGAUCACUGGCUGGAAUUCAGUGCUCGUCGUAUUUGUGGUCAGCCUGAUUUACGUGCGCCUCUGGCUGAGCUGAACAAGGCGUUGUCACUGAGAACCUUCUUGGUAGGCCACGCCCUCACCUUAGCCGACCUCUCCGUGUGGGCCGCCCUUAAAGGUGACGAUUGGUCCAACAACAAAGCCUUCAGCCACGUCAGUCGCUGGUUCUCCUUCCUUAGUUCUCAGGUUCCCUUCACUAACUUGGACAACAAAUACACCUGCAAGGCAGCUCUGCCAACCAAAUCAAAUGUAAGCCAAGAAAAGAAGGCCGACCUCGGGAAGUUUGUGGAAUUGCCCGGAGCUGAGAUGGGCAAAGUGGUGGUUCGAUUCCCGCCUGAAGCUAGCGGGUAUUUACACAUUGGCCAUGCCAAGGCUGCUCUGCUCAACCAACACUACCAGGUCACCUUUAAAGGCCAGCUUAUCAUGCGCUUUGAUGACACCAACCCGGAGAAAGAGAAGGAGGACUUUGAAAAGGUGAUCCUGGAGGAUGUGGCUAUGCUGCAAAUCAAGCCGGACCAGUUCACCUAUACCAGCGAUCACUUCAACAUCAUCAUGCAGUUGGCAGAGCAGCUAAUGGCCGAGGGCAAGGCAUACAUUGACGAUACACCUCCCGAGCAAAUGAAGCAGGAGCGGGAGCAGCGCACAGAGUCAAAGUGCAGGAAUAAUACUCUGGAGCAGAACAUGAAGCUCUGGGCAGAGAUGAAAGCAGGCACCGAGCGGGGUCAAAUGUGCUGUAUGCGGGCCAAAAUCGACAUGAACUCCAACAACGGCUGCUUGCGGGACCCCACGCUGUAUCGCUGCAAGAACACCCCCCACCCUCGCACCGGAGCCACAUACAAGGUCUACCCCACGUACGACUUCGCCUGCCCUAUUGUGGACAGCCGGGAGAACGUGACGCACGCUCUGAGGACCACAGAGUACCACGACCGCGACGAGCAAUACUAUUGGUUCAUCGACGCUUUGCGCCUCAGAAAACCGUACAUCUGGGAAUACUCACGCCUCAACCUGAACAACACAGUACUUUCCAAGCGCAAGCUCACGUGGUUCGUGGAGGAGGGAUACGUUGAUGGAUGGGACGACCCCCGCUUCCCUACAGUCAGAGGAGUGCUGAGGAGAGGUAUGACUGUGGAAGGCCUGAAACAGUUCAUAGCAGCACAGGGUGGAUCCAGGUCAGUGGUAAACAUGGAGUGGGACAAGAUCUGGGCAUUUAAUAAGAAGGUGAUUGAUCCAGUUGCGCCCAGAUACACAGCGUUAUCCAGUUCCUACGUGGUUCCCGUAUCCGUUCCGGAGGCUAAAGAGGAGAUGAAAGAAGUAGCCAAACAUCCGAAGAAUGCCGAGGUAGGCAUGAAGCAAGUGUGGUACGGACCCCGAGUGUUCGUGGAAGGAGCAGAUGCUGAGACGUUCUCCGAGGGUGAGGUGGUCACCUUCAUUAACUGGGGCAACCUCAUCAUAACCAAGAUCAACAAAGGAUCAGAUGGUAAGGUCCUAUCCAUGGAGGCACGCCUUGACCUGGACAACAAGGACUACAAAAAGACCACCAAGAUCACCUGGCUGACGGAGACCGCUAGCGCUCCCUUGCUGCCAACUGUCUGCGUAAACUUCCAGCCCCUUAUCACCAAAGCAGUCAUCACCAAGGAUGACGACUUCAAGGACUACAUAAACAAAAACAGCAAGAUGGAGGAGAAGAUGCUGGGCGACCCUUGUCUCAAGACACUGAAGAAAGGUGACAUUAUUCAGCUCCAGAGGCGAGGAUUUUACAUCUGUGACCAGCCUUAUGAGCCAAUCAGCCCUAAUAGCUGCAAGGACAGUCCAUGUGUCCUCAUCUACAUUCCCGAUGGUCACGUAAAGGAGAUGCCUACUGCUGGGUCCAAAGAUAAGGACAAGAGCAAGGGCCAACCGGCUCCCGCCGCUGCUGCCAAAGCGACCCCAGCCGCCGCCCCUGCCACAGAUGGCGAGCUCUUUUUGAGUAUUGUCGCUCAGGGAGAAGCUGUCCGCCAACUUAAAACGGCCAAAGCGCCCAAAGAGGAAGUGGACAAGGCAGUUAAGCAGCUUCUUACCCUCAAGGCUCAAUUUAAGGAACAGACAGGAUUGGACUACAAGCCUGGUAUGUCUCCUCCCACCCCUGCGGCAGCUCCAAUUUCCCCAUCCGGAGACUCCGCCCCAUGCCCGUACACGCGCGUCUCUCUGCAGGGAGAGCUUGUCAGGAAGCUGAAAGCAGAACAAGCACCAAAGGACCAGAUCGACGCAGCGGUCAAGCAACUCCUGGCGCUGAAGGCCGAGUUUAAAAAGCUGACCGGUCAGGAUUAUAAACCCGGGAUGGGCCCGUCUACUCCGUCCCCUGCUUCAUCUGCUGUGAACUCCCCUUCCUCCCCUUCUUGCUCCUCUUCCUCUUCUUCUUCUUCUGCGUCCUGCUUGUACGAGCGUGUCGCACAGCAGGGUGAUCUUGUGAGGAAACUCAAGUCGCAAAAAGCACCCAAGGACCAAGUGGAUGCCGCGGUCAAGCAGUUGCUCGCCCUGAAGGCUGAGUACAAGCAGGCAACGGGAAAGGAGUACCAACCCGGAGCGGCACCGGCCCAGAAAGCCUCCGCUCCCGUCCAAAACGCCUCGACUCCAGCUCAGAACAACACUUCCUCUGCUGCUGAACUGUUUGAGAAUGUGGCUCAUCAAGGAGAGGUGGUCAGGAAGUUAAAGGCUGAAAAGGCCCCUAAGGAUCAGGUAGAUGAAGCUGUGAAGAAACUGCUGGAACUGAAGAACAAAUACAAGACACUCACCGGGCAGGAGUACAAACCAGUGGCAGCAGCCGGUGGUGAGGACAAGAACCGCAAGGAGAGGGAGAACAAGUCUGAGAAGCAGGGAGGAGCUGCAGGUAAUGCUGGAGGGGCCAAGAAAGGGAAAGGGGACAAGCCAAGUCAGGGCAAGGAUCCCUCAGGAGGAGCUGGAGGUGCAGGAGAUGGUCAAGGGCCCAAGAAGCAAACACGCUUGGGCUUAGAAGCUAAGAAAGAGGAGAACCUGGCUGACUGGUACUCUCAGGUGAUCACUAAGGCGGAGAUGAUUGAGUACUACGACGUGAGCGGCUGCUACGUGCUCCGCCCAUGGUCCUUUGCUAUCUGGGAGGCCAUCAAGGACUUCUUUGACCGUGAGAUCAAGAAGCUCGGCGUGGAGAACUGCUACUUCCCUAUGUUCGUCUCUCAGGCGGCCCUGGAGAAGGAGAAGACGCACAUUGCGGACUUUGCUCCAGAGGUGGCUUGGGUAACUCGCUCUGGGAAGACUGAACUGGCAGAGCCUAUCGCUGUUAGACCCACCAGUGAGACAGUGAUGUACCCAGCAUAUGCUAAAUGGGUCCAGUCCCACAGAGAUCUGCCAAUCAAGCUCAACCAGUGGUGCAACGUUGUGAGAUGGGAGUUCAAACACCCUCAGCCCUUCCUUAGGACUCGGGAGUUCUUGUGGCAGGAGGGACACACUGCCUUCGCUACCAAAGAGGAAGCUGCUGAGGAGGUACUUCAAAUCCUGGACCUUUACGCAAGAGUUUAUGAGGAACUGAUGGCAAUUCCAGUGGUAAAAGGCAGGAAGACGGAGAAGGAGAAGUUUGCAGGAGGGGAUUACACCACCACCGUCGAGGCCUUCAUUUCCGCCAGUGGCCGAGCCAUCCAGGGUGCGACGUCCCACCAUCUCGGUCAGAAUUUCUCCAGAAUGUUCGAGAUCAUGUUCGAGGACCCGAAAAAGCCCGGCGAAAAGCAGCUUGCCUUCCAGAAUUCCUGGGGCCUUACCACCAGGACUAUUGGUGUACUCACUAUGGUGCACGGAGACAAUAGGGGGCUGGUCCUGCCUCCUAGAGUGGCGUGCCUUCAGGUUGUCAUUAUUCCGUGCGGAAUCACGGCGUCGCUAGCAGACCAUGACAAGGAAGCGCUGCUGAGCCAGUGUGCCAAAUACUUGAACAGGUUGCAAGCUGCCAAUAUUAGAGUGAAGUGUGACACUCGAGACAACUAUUCACCUGGAUGGAAGUUCAACCACUGGGAACUCAAGGGGGUUCCCAUUCGUCUGGAGGUUGGGCCAAAGGACAUGCAGCAGCGCCAAUGUGUCGCCGUGAGGAGAGACACGGGCGAGAAGGUGACCAUUCCUGAAGCCGAGGUGGAGAAGAAGAUGGCUGUUAUUUUGGAGGACAUUCAGAGCUGCCUGUUCAAUAAAGCAUCAAAUGACCUGAAGACUCACCUAGUGGCUGCAGACACGAUGGAGCAGUUCCAGAAGGAAUUGGACUCUGGAAAGAUUGUCCAGAUCCCGUUCUGCGGUGGCAUGGAGUGCGAGGACUGGAUCAAGAAAACCACUGCCAAGGACCAGGACCUGGAACCAGGAGCGCCAUCCAUGGGCGCGAAAAGCCUAUGCAUCCCCUUUUCGCCACUCAAGACGCUGCAGCCUGGUCAACUGUGUGUCUGUGGGAAGGCCCCAGCUCAGUACUACACUAUGUUUGGACGUAGCUACUAA